UGAAACACGAUUGGAUCGUAAUAAUAUUGCUUUCUCAGCGGUUCAGAAUAACGUUUUAUUGACUUAAUGCAAUAGAGUAGAACCUCCGUACUUGUCUCUAAAACCAAGGCGACGUUUUCAAAGAAUAGUACUUGUAGUAUUUGUCAAAGAUGUGUUGUAACUCAGGUCGAGGUCGACAGUAAGAGGCCGUAACGUCGAGUACAUGUGCACAGGUCAACAACAUGGACACUUACGGUCAGCGGUUUGAAGCCACGUCGGGACGAGACGGUAAAUCUCAUAAGAAGAAGGCUUCCUCCUCCCACCUCGGUACGCCAUGCUCCGAAGAAGGAGACCGCAAACCCAAGUUUCACCUGCCAUUUAGAAAUCUCACUGAUGACGUGCUGGACAGAUUUGCAAGUAUUCGGAUCCCGGGUAGUAAAAAGGAGCGGCCAGCGAUACCCCAUUCUAAACACAGUACUACUGAUUGGUCUGUAUUUUCAUCAUCCAGUUCCCAGUUUGAGGAACUUUCAUCAAAGAUCACUUCAGAAAAGGAAAUAUUGGCACUGUUCGAAAAAAUGAUGGAGGACAUGAACUUGAAUGAAGAAAAAAAGACUCCCUUGAGAGACAAGGACUUGAAUACAAAGAGAGAAAUGGUCAUCCAGUAUGUUUGUACUUCUUCAAAAGCGGGUAGCUUGAAAAGCAGCUAUCAGAUAUCUCCUCAGGAAUUCCUGGGAGAACUUAAGUCAGGGGUGAUGGAAGAACGCCUAUUUGGUUGCCUAGACUCACUGCGCGUCUCACUUACCAGCAAUCCUGUCAGUUGGGUGCAAAGCUUUGGUCAUGAGGGCCUUGGACUGCUCCUUAAUAUAUUGGAGAGGUUGCUGUCCAAGAAACAGCAGGAGAGGAUCGACAAAAAGAACCAACAUAAGGUUAUCCAAUGUCUAAAAGCCUUCAUGAACAACAAGUAUGGCUUGGAUAGAAUACUUGGCGAGGAGAGAAGUCUUGCAUUACUAUCAAGAGCAAUAGAUCCCACACAAUCCGCUAUGAUGACUGAUGUGAUGAAGCUGCUGUCAGCCAUCUGCAUUGUGGGCGAAGAGAACAUUUUGGAGAAGGUUCUUGAAGCCAUCACCACCGCUGGGGAAUGGAGAGGCAUUGAGAGAUUUAAUCCCAUCGUGCAAGGACUACGAGAUCACUCGGUGCAGUUACAAGUGGCAUGCAUGCAGUUCAUCAAUGCGCUUGUGACAUCACCUGAUGAGCUAGACUUGAGGCUGCACAUCAGAAAUGAAUUUAUUCGUUGUGGCCUUAAAGCCAUUUUACCGCAACUGUCAUCUGUGAGGAAUGAGGCCCUUGACAUUCAGCUCAAGGUGUUUGAGGAACACAAAGAUGAGGACAUGAUGGAGUUCUCUCAUAGGCUGGAGGACAUCAAAAGCGAGCUGGAUGAUGCGGGGGACGUGUUCAGUAUUUUGCUGAAUAUGGUGAAGGACAGCAGUGCAGAAAACUAUUUCAUCUCUAUAUUGCAGCACUUGGUCCUCAUUCGCAACGACUACUUGGUCAGGGUUCAGUACUUUAAAAUCAUUGAGGAGUGUGUAUCUCAAAUUGUUCUGCAUCGUACUGGAACAGAUCCAGACUUCAGUUAUCGUAAACGUCUUGAUGUGGAUUUCAGCCACCUCAUAGAGCUUUGUGUAGAUAAAGCAAGAUUUGAGGAGUAUGAACAAAGAGCUUCGGAACAGGCAGAAAAGCUUGAUGAAGAGUUUUUUAAACGACAGGAGGCCCAAGCUCAGCUGGUUAAGGGUGAAGAAAAGAUAGCUGAGCUUCAAGUCGAGCUGCAGGCUUUCAAGUCUCAGAGUGCAGCUGUACCAAUGGUUUGCUGCGUUGCAGAGGAGUUGUCUUCUUCAUUACCCUGUGGGCUUUCACCCUCUAACCCAGCAUCUGGGUUGCCAGUUCCUCCUCCUCCACCACCACCUCCUCCUCCUCCACCACCUCCUCCUCCAUUACCUGGUUGCCCUGCACCCCCUCCUCCACCUGGAGUGCCUCCUCCAUUUGGUGCCCCUCCUCUACCCCCAUUAGGAUGUGGUUCAGUCUUGUCCACUUGCCUUGCCCUGCCUUUUGGCCUCAGACCGAAGAAGGAGUUCAAGCCAGAGAAUUCCACAAAGCGCCUGAAUUGGUCCAAGAUCCAUCCCCUGGAAAUGUCACAGGGGUGCUUCUGGGUGCUCGCAGAUGAUGACAAAUAUGCAAAGCCUGAUUUGCUUAGCAGAGUUGCUCUCACAUUUGGUUCACAAAAAGCAGAUUCUGAAGAUAGUACAUCAACUGAGGAGCCACCAAAAAAAGAAGAGGAGGAUCUGGAUGAUAAAAAAUCCAUUAAGAAGCGAAUUAAAGAGCUGAAGGUGCUUGACCCCAAGAUUGCGCAGAAUCUAUCCAUUUUCCUGGGUUCUUUCCGCAUGCCUUACAAAGAAAUUCGCCAAAUGAUAUUAGAGGUUGAUGAAGAGCAGCUAACUGAACCAAUGAUACAGAACCUUGUGAAACACUUACCUGAGCAGGAGCAGCUGAAUGCAUUGGCUAAGUACAAGAAUGACUAUCCAAAUUUGUCAGAACCGGAGCAGUUUGGGGUUAUAAUGAGCAGCGUAAAGCGGCUUCGCCCACGACUCAACCAUAUUCUCUUCCGACUGCAGUUUGAGGAGCAGUUAAACAAUCUGCGUCCAGAUAUUCUGGCUGUAAAUGCAGCUUGUGAUGAAGUCAGGGCAAGCCACUCCUUUGGCCGCUUGCUGGAGCUUGUGUUGUUGCUGGGCAAUUACCUGAACGCAGGUUCCCGAAAUGCCCAGUCAUUCGGCUUUGACCUCAGUUCCCUCUGCAAGCUAAAGGAUACUAAGUCGGGUGACCAGAAGACCACCUUGCUCCAUUUCCUGGCGGAAAUAUGUGAGGAAGAAUUUCCAGAUGUGAUCGAAUUUGCUGAGGACUUCAAACAUGUGGACCGAGCAAGCAGGGUGUCUGCAGAGAAUUUGGAAAAGAGCCUCAGGCAGAUGGAGAGGCAGCUGUUGCAGCUGGAAAGAGACCUCAAGACUUUUUCGUCCCCUGAUGACCCCAGUGACAUGUUCGUCAAUAAAAUGGCUAGCUUCAGCAAGGUGGCACGUGAGCAGUAUGGCAAGCUGGUCACAAUGCAGAGCAACAUGGAGACACUUUACCUGAAUCUUUUGGAGUAUUUUGCUGUUGAUCCAAAGAAAACAUCAGUAGAGGAGCUCUUCACUGAUCUCAGCAACUUCCGUACCAUGUUCACACAAGCACUCAAAGACAACAUGAAGCGUAAGGAGACUGAGGAGAAACAAAGGAGAGCACAGGCAGCAAAGGAAAAGGCUGAGCGUGAAAAGCAGGAGAGACAGCAGAAGAGGAGCCGGUUGCUUGAAAUUAAUGCAGAGAAUGAUGAGACAGGUGUGAUGGAUAGUUUGCUUGAAGCCCUACAGUCAGGAGCUGCAUUCAGAGACCGCAGGAAGAGAGCACCACGGCCCAGAGAUAACCGGAAGGAGGCCAUCAGCCCCAGCUCCUACCGUCAGGUUCUAAGGCCUGUUAAACAUGAAAACAAGAAUGCACCUUUACUUCGGUCUCGCUCUCGGCUGAAUGUAAAUGCAAGUUCAGCAGUGAUGAAGGCUCCACCCACCAAGGAGUCUGACAUCCAAGCGGCUUCAGCGGCACCGGCCAAAGUUGCAGUGUGUUCAGUGACAGGACGCAGGUACAGGAAAAGCCCAGGCCACAGUUAUGGGUCAGAUAGUGAGAGAGUGCUGGUGAGGGAAGGCCCUAAACCUUCAGAGAUCAAGAAAGGGGCUGAAGGGGAGCCUCUGGCCUCUCAAAUGUCCUCUCCUGGUACCAUGGUUGGUAGCAGCAGUGGGGAGUCUGAUGUGGAAGCUCUGUUAGCAAAACUCAGGGCCUUGUAGUAGUUAUGUCCUCCAACCUAGAUUAUAUUAAGCCCAUGGCUGUUUUCAAACACUACAGUACAAACAAACAUUUGCUUUGUAAUUUGGACAUAAAUACAAAAUAUGGGUGAGUAUAAUUGAAAGAAAAUAAAUCCUUCAUGAAGUUGAACAGAAUUAGACUUGUAUUAAAGCUGUACCAAAUUUGCAUACUUUACCAAAAAAAAAAAAAAAAGAAGAGUAGAGCACAAUCAACUAAUAACACUAUGGUUUAGAAAAUGACUGCAAGGGGAAAUACAAAGUCUUUGUAUGGUUAAUUAGUUAAAUCAGACCAUUGGUACUGCACUUUUUGUUCUUGUGUCCAAACAUUCAUUUAAAUCAAAUGUGGAAUAUUACUCAGCACUUUCUAAUCCAUGCUUCUGAUUCAGAUUUUCACUUUUAUUCAAUUUCCUGUAUUUGUCUUACUUUUAUGUGUAUUUAUUUUUUUCUCAUGUCAUAUUUGUCAGCAGGCUCUCAUAAGGAUUUAAUCAGAAAUUAUGCGAACAAUUUUGCACUACAUUACAUUUGGACAGUUUUCAACUAAAACUUGUCUUGUUAAACUCGUUUUAGCUCUGUGUACAUAAAAAAAAAAAAAAAAAAACUCCA